AAUACAGCGGGUUUUUUUAUUGUCAACAUUAGCAUUAUUUAAAUGUUUAGUCAAGAAGAUAUAAAUUUAAGGACGCCCUCUUCAGUUGAUCGGUUUCCGUUAAACUCCUUAGUUCAUGAAAUGGCAGUGUGGUGUAUUCUUACGCUAGGUGAAAUCUUUUUGGAGGAUAGUCAGAGUUUCAAAACACAAAAAAGAAAUACUUUAAAUUAUUAAAGAUUCCAAUGUGCCAAACAAUUAAAGAAAUUUUGUGCGAUGUCCUUUAAUCCGUCUUCUGAGUGAUAAUGGCACCAAGACGAGGUGAAGAGAUAUCUGUUAAAAGAGUAGCAGCAUUAGGUUGCAAAUUACCUGAUCAAUUGCCAGCUGGAGAGAUAUUAACAGAUAUUACUCAAAACAAAUGGAAACUAGGACAUACAAUAGGAUACGGUGGAUUUGGUGAUAUAUACUUAGCAUCAAAUGACAUUAAUGCUUCAAUUGGACAAGAUGCAAAGUAUGUGAUAAAAAUUGAACCACAUAAUAACGGUCCACUAUUUGUUGAAAUGAAUUUUUAUAUAAGAGCAGCUCGUAAACAUAUGAUUGAUACCUGGUGCAAAUCGCAAGGAAAAAGACGAAUAGGUGUUCCAACAUAUGAAGGAUCUGGUUCUCACAUAUAUCGAGGGCAAAAGUAUAGAUUUUUAGUAAUUCCAAGAUAUGGCAUUGAUAUUGGAAAAUUGUUUAUAUCAAAUGGGAGAAAAUUACCAAUCAAACUUGUUAACAGGCUAGCUGUUCAAAUGUUAGAUGCACUUGAAUAUAUUCACAGUCAAGGAUAUGCUCAUGCAGAUGUUAAAGGAUCAAAUAUUUUGUUGUCUUUAAGUGCAGAAGAUAUAACAACAAAAAAAUUUCAAGCUUAUUUGGUUGAUUAUGGAUUGGCUUAUCGUUUCCGUACAAGUGCAGGUGUACAUAAGCCAUUUGUUCAUGAUGAAAGAAGAGCUCAUGAAGGAACAUUAGAAUUCACAUCAAGAGAUGCACAUCAUGGAACACACUCAAGAAGAGGAGAUUUAGAAACAUUAGGAUAUAAUAUACUACAAUGGUUGUGUGGCAAAUUACCUUGGGAAAAAGAAAAUAAUAGUGUAACAUCAGCAAUGGAUCCAGAAGAAGUCCAUGCACAAAAAGAAAUUUUACUUUCAAAUUUAUCAUUAUUUAUGCAUAAAUGUUUUCCUUAUAAAAAAGAACCACCUGCUGCCAUUAUGGAGUAUAUGAAAUAUAUUACUGAAUUGGGAUUUGAAACUAAACCUAACUAUUCCUAUCUACGUAGUUUAUUUCAGUCUGGUUCUAGGCAAAAAAAUGAUGUUCCUACAUGUUUGCACCCUUUAAGAGAAUCUAAUGAAAAUAUUUCUUAUCCCAUGUCUUUCAAACGACCGUACUUACGAGAAAGGAAACCUUGUAGACCUGUAAAUGGCGAGAUACGCAUAACUCGAAAUACACAACCUAAAUAUCCAGUUGAACGAAAAGAAUUUUGUUGGGAAGCAGUGCUAGCGCUCCAUCCUGAUAAACUCGCAAAAAUUAGUCUACAAACUCCACCUUCACCACUUACACCACCUCCAUCUCCACCUCCUCCAUCCUUACCUACAUAUGCCAUGUUAAGCGUAAUUCAGAGAAUGAAAGAGAAACAAUCAGGCGCAUUUCGACAUAAAUCUUUACCGAAAACAUUAGAAGAUCCUAAAACAAAGUGGAUGACACCAGCUAUGGAACAAAUAGUUCAAUUAAAAAAGAAAAAUUCCUUGACAACACUUUCUUUAGCGAAGAUUUCACCACGUGUGACACGGUCCCGAGGGGCUCAAUUAAAACGACUUGGAAAUAAAAAAUCUUACAAACAAAUACAAAGCAGCAAAAGAAAAAAAGGUCCCUCAACAUGAGUAUGACAAAUUUUGCUAAAUAUUAUACAUUUUCAUUCCUUGAACAAUGGAAUCACAAACGAGUUAACUAAAUAAUGAAUGAAUUAAGUAUUAUUUCCUAUUAAUUCAUUUAGAUUUUGUAAGAAUAUACUCUUGAUUAAACUCCUGUUUAAAGGACAAAAUUUCAUUUAUUAGGAAUGUCUCAGGUGUAUUUAGAGCACCAACUUUUGUAAGACUGCUUAUAUAUCAUGAUUUAUUGUUUAACAAACUGUAUAUUAAUAUAAGAUUUUUUUUUUAGUAACUGUAUCUCGAACAAAUAAUUAUAAAUAAUUCAGUGGACACUUUAAAAAAAUUACAUUGCUUCCUUUAAGAACAUUAUUUCAAUACAAUUCAAAGAAGACUUGCUAACAGGCGCAAUAAUGAGAAAUCGUUACUUUUGCAUAUAAAAAAUAUGCAAUUUAAUGUCAUAAUAAACAAGUGAUCUAAAUGUUGCAUCGAAAACACGUUUCAUCAACUUUUAAGAAUUAUUUGUUUAUUUUAUAAAAUGAGUCAAUAGUAUGAUAUGCUGAAUAGAUAAUGUCAAUAUUUCAUUAAGUUGCUUUAUUAAAAUAAAUUAUAGUUUUAAUGUUUAAAUUAUAUUUAAUCUUUUUUUCUUUUUUAUUACUAUAAUUAUUUUGUAAGUUAAAAGUGACUGUGAGUAAAUUAUUUUAUUAUAUUCGGACAUUGCUAAAGUAAUCUAAUACUUUGAUUUUGUGAGCCAAUCCUAAAUGAAUUACUCCUAAUUCUCAUAAAAAUAUAGAGAUUAAUUUAUUAGCAAAAAUUAUGUAAAAGAUUUCUUCGAAGUAUCAAGAUAUAUAUACAAGCAUAGAGUCCCUAAUUAUUGUCUAUAAUAUAAACGAAGUUGUAGUAUACUUUGAAAUAAUACAAUUAGAAGUAGUGAAAUGUAGGUAAAAAUAAUACAACUGUAAACUGUUAUUAAUUCUCAGUAUUAAGCCAUUAAAUGCUUACAUAUGAUUAAAAUAUAACAGUUUAUAUUUGUUAUUAUAGUUACAAUAUAUCAACAGGAAUGCGUGUGUAGUAUAAAUAAUACAAUUAAUAUUUUUAUUUGGUUCUAGAUUUUAUAUAUGUACAACAUGUAACUAGAAAAUACACAGUUAUGCUUCUAAUAUGUUGCAAUAUCUCAUGUAAUAUUAUCUUAUGUCAUUUUUUAGUAGAACUUAACCAAAUUUGUAUUGAUUCAGAUCUAAUAUUUACAUAACAUUGUUACAUGAAAUACAAUUGAUACUUGUAUAUAUUUAUAUCAUAAGAGCCAUGUAUAGAUGGAAUCGUCGAUUUAUUUACAGUAAAUUUGUGAUAACUAAUUUGUAUUUUUUUAAGUUACAUGUACCUGUGCCAGAAAAGCAGUGUUGUUAAAGACUUAAAAGUGUAUUGUAAUUAAAUAAAUACAUGUGCA